UCUAUGUGCUGGGGGCCCCGCCCAGUUUUGAGCUCAGCACAAGCCCAUUGGUGACUGAGGCUGAUGACACCUCAGGGUGUGUCUGUGAUGCAACAGAGGGUGAUGACCAGCCCCUGGUAACAAGAGUGGUGAGGGGAGCCCUGGCUAGGUCAGUUGCACUCAGACCGCCGGACGGGAGGGACAUCUAGCUGUAAGGUGCCCAAGAACUCGGCACUGCCCACUACCAUCUAAGGGGCCCAGCUUCCUUUCUGGGUUACCAAGCUUCAAUACAGACUAUCAAGAUGUCUGAUGAUAUUGACUGGUUACAUAGCCGCAGAGGGGUCUGCAAGGUUGAUCUCUACAGCCCAACAGGACAACAAGAUCAGGAUCGAAAAGUGAUUUGCUUCGUCGAUGUAUCAACUCUCAAUGUAGAGGACAAAGACAAGGAAGGAGGACCUAGUUCAGAGGGAGAACUGGACCUGGAGAGUUUGGAAGAGAAGGAGAUAAUUGUCAUCAAGGACACAGAGAAAUUGGAUCAGUCCAAGACCGAAGGAUCCGUGUGCCUUUUCAAACAAGCACCUUCGGACCCCAUCAGCGUCCUUAAUUGGCUCCUCAACGAUCUCCAAAAAUACGCUCUCGGCUUCCAGCAUGCUCUGAGCCCCUCGUCCUCGAGCUGUAAGCACAAAGUUGGGGACCUCGAAGGUGGGUACCGUAGUCACCCCAACAAAGACAACUGCUACAGCGUCUACGCUGAUGAACUGAGCAUGGACUACGUAGCAAACAACCCCCACAAUUUGCGUCUGGAGAUGGCCGCAGCCAAGAACACCAACAACAACCAGAGUCCUUCAAGUCCCCCGGCGAAAUCACCCAGCACGCAGCGAGCAGUCAUAUCUCCCGACGGAGAGUGUUCCAUGGACGACCUCUCCUUCUACGUCAACCGACUGUCGUCCCUUGUGAUCCAGAUGGCUCGCAAGGAGAUCAAGGAAAAGCUCGAAGGAGGAAGCAAAUGCUUGCACCACUCCAUCUACGCCUCCGCUGGGGACAAAGGCAAGAACAGCCCCCGAAGCGCAGUCAGCAAGAUUGCCUCCGAGAUGGCCCACGACGCGGUAGAGGUGACUUCAGCUGAAAUGAGAGGCCCCGGAGACCUUGAUCAUAAGGACCGAAAGACCUUCUUAUACAGCGAAUUAUCCAAUAAAUCUAAGGGAGGGGACAAACAGAUGUGCCAGAGAGACAGUAAAGAAUUCGCCGACUCCAUCAGCAAAGGCCUGAUGGUCUACGCCAACCAGGUGGCCUCUGACAUGAUGGUAUCUGUCAUGAAGACCUUGAAAGUCCACAGCUCUGGUAAGCCCAUCCCGGCCUGUGUUGUACUGAAGAGAGUCCUGCUGAAGCACACUAAAGAGAUCGUGUCUGACUUAAUUGAUUCUUGCAUGAAGAACUUACACAACAUCACUGGUGUACUGAUGACCGACUCUGACUUUGUCUCAGCUGUAAAGAGAAAUCUGUUCAACCAUGGCAAACAGAAUGCCGCCGAUAUCAUGGAAGCGAUGCUCAAACGCUUAGUCAGUGCCCUUCUUGGGGAGAAAAAAGAAACAAAAUCCCAGAGUCUGGCCUACGCCUCCUUGAAAGCCGGAACCCAUGAUGCCAAGAACAAGAACCAGAGCCUUGAGUUCUCUGCCAUGAAAGCCGAAAUGAUGAAGGGAGGCGGGAAAGACAAAGGAAAAAUGAAGCCCGACCAGUGUAAGUCCCUGACCAGUGCCGAAAAGGUCAGCGAGCACAUCCUCAAAGAGAGCCUCACCAUGUGGAACCAGAAGCAGGGUGGAGGUCAGACCAAGAUGCACGGCAAAGUGGGCGCCUGCCGGGAAGACAAGAGGGAGAAGAUCAGCCCUUCCACCGAUUCCUUGGCCAAGGACCUGAUCGUCUCCGCCCUGAUGUUAAUCCAAUACCAUCUGACCCAGCAGGCCAAGGGAAAGGACGCGCUGGAAGAACCAGAGCAGCCCGGAUGCUACAUGGCCCAGGGCACCCAUUACGAGAAGUCCGGCGGCGGCCAGAGCGCCAAGGCGCUCUCCAUGAAACAUCUGGAAUCUCGGGGCAGCGGCCAACACGCCGGUCCUCGACCACGUCGUGUACGCCGAAAAGAGCUGGACACCCAAAAAUUAGACAUGUCCAACAUAGUGUUGAUGCUUAUCCAGAAGCUCCUGAGCGAGAGUCUCACCUUAGACGAGCAGUGCGAGUCGGGCGAGAGCAAACGGGCGGAAUCCAAGUCCAAAGUCUCCACAUCCACGUCAAAGCGGUCCGAGAGGUGCGAGGAGCAUUCAAGACAUCAGGAGUUCGACUUCAUCAGUGGGAUGAAGCAAGUGAACCGACAGUUCGUGGACCAGCUGGUCGAAUCCGUAAUGAAGCUGUGCCUCAUCAUGGCCAAGUAUAGCAACAACGGGGCGGGCCUCGCUGAGCUGGAGGAACAACAAGGCCUCAACCACUCGCCCAGCUUCCGGGCCAGCAAUUCCAGGUGUGCUCAAGAUGCUAUGAUGUCUCAUUCUUAUCACGAUAACCCCGGGCCUGAAGUCAUUGUCAACAACCAAUCUUCUACUAGCAACCUGCAGAAGCAGCUCCAAGCGGUCCUCCAGUGGAUUGCCGCGUCGCAGUUCAAUGUCCCCAUGCUCUAUUUCAUGGGAGAUGAGGAUGGUCAGCUCGAGAAGCUUCCUGAAGUGUCAGCCAAGGCUGCUGAGAAAGGGUACAGCGUUGGAGCUCUCCAAGAGGUCAUGAAGUUUGCCAAAGAAAGACAACUCGAUGAAGCAGUCGGGGAACAUGGCUAGAAAAACCUGCUGGACUGGCUGCUCGCUAACCUGUGAGCCCACUCCAUCGAAUCCUCUCCGUUAUACUCCCCACCACAGCGCGUUCUGUCCAGCUGGAGUGUACACACUCCAUCCAAUAUGGUAGUAAACGCACGUUUUCGCGAUGGUAUUGAAUGACACAACGAGUGAUUGUACCACGAAUGACAUUGAAUGGCCAACGAGCUGGGCACAAGACGAAUAAAACACACGCCUCAGAUAAAAAAUAACCAAAAAAAAAAA